CAGCACAGACAGAUUGCGCGUGUGUUUGAACGAUGUAAGUGAGGGGAGAGGGAGUACAGAGAGCGAGCAAGCCGCCUUCAAAAAUGGCGUCUUCAGGGGAAAAUGACUAAAAAUAUAAAAACGAGGCCUACUCUCUUUUGACCGUCUUUGUUGAUUUUGAUCACGGUUAACGUUUACUUAGAUCGCGGUAUAUCGUCGUUGAAAUUCAUUUUCUAAUGCUAAAAGAGCUGGAACGAGGGAAGCAAGCUUUAAAAAUAGCAACCCAGUUUUAUUUUGAUGCGUCGACAGGGCUAGCUAGCAUCUGCUAGCCCAGAACAAUUUUGGGGUGGGAAGGCUUUUGCAUGGCAGAAAAAUCACGAUUUUUGGUUUCCGAGAUUACUCUUGUUUCAACGCCAAGAUUAUUUGCAACAAACGCAUCCUAUCGAAACCAAUCUUUCCGAUCGUGGUAAUUGCUCCGUAGCAAAAGUAAAGAAAGGGGAGGAGAGAGAGGCGGCAGGGAAGGACGCGUUUGAUCAGAUGUUUAUUAUCAAUUUAUCGAUCACCGGUAAAAACGUUAUCAUGUUCGUGCAUGGUUUCGUUUGGAAUUUACAUUCGUGGAAAUGAUAAUUGGAGGAAUUCUACCCAAGGAGAAAGAGUAAUUUUGGAGGUGUUUGGAGUACACCCCUAUACCCCCCUCUUUCUCAUCCAGCUUUCUCCUCCUCCAUUUCUCUUUCAACAUGCUGUUUUCCACUCUCGGGGACUUGCUUAUGAAACAGGGAAAAUAGUCUUAAAUCUAUAACGGGGAAGACGGAUUCCCCGACAGUCUGUUACAAAUCCGGCUCCUCGUCGCUUCGGUCAGUGUCACACAUAGCUCAUCAAUGGAUAGAAAUUACCCGGGAACAGGGUUCGGUGAUUUGGGUGCAGGAGCAGGAUGGAGUUACGAGCGAUCGGCUAAAGCAAGUCUGGUGUAUGGGAGUUCCAGGUCCUCACAUCCAGACUCCGAACUCCUCCAUCGCCAAGCCUACGGCACACCACACCCUCUGCAGGGCUAUGCCACCAAUCACCACCCCGGGAGCUCUGGCCAGGGCGGGGCUUGGGGAGCAGCUGGACGGAGUUUGGGUCUGUCCGGGCUGUUUGACACCGGGCUGCAUCAUGCCAGCCCCUCCGGUCCGGACGCCUCUGUAAUGAACCUGAUCUCUGCUCUGGAGUCCCGUGGCCCCCAGCCCCCGCCCUCCGCCUCCUCCCUGCUCUCCCAGUUCCGCACGCCAUCCUGGCAGACAGCGAUGCAUACUCCGGCUCCAGCAGAGCUCUUCAUCUCCGGGGCACUUCCUGGAUCCGGCUCCUUCCCCUCCUCCUCGGCCCUCUCGGCCUAUCAGCACCCAGCCUCCUUCUCCAGCCGCUCCUUCCCCACGGUGACCCCCUCCCUCUCCCUCCAAGACUCGCCCACCUUCAGCCCCACUUCCAACGGCCUCCUGUCCCCCCACGACCCCCUGCUCCACAUCAAGCCCCCCUCCCAGGCCAGCCUGGGGUUUGACCGGCUACUGUCCUCCCAGGGCCCCGCCGGAGCUUACCGGGGUGGCCAGGACCCCACCGGAGCCUCCUCCGCCCAGGCGUCCUCCGCCCGCCACCUCCAGUCGCACCAGUUCAACCUGCUCUCGUCUCAGCUGCAGGACCAGUCCUCCCAGUUGUACAAUGCGUCCGUGUUCUCCUCAGCACAGGCUCAGGCUCAGGCUCAGGCUCAGGCUCAGGCUCAGUCCAACUCAGCCCAGGAGCGAGCGGUUCCUCGACAGGACAGCGUUAUCAAGCACUACCAGCGGCCCACGCCGUCCCAGUCCCAGCUGUCCUCGUCUGCAGCCCACUCCCUGCAGCACUACCUGAGCUGCGCCGGAGCCAGUUAUCAGCAGCUGUCCCAGCACCGACACGCCGGCCUGGCCUGCAGCCCGCUGGGAGAACCGAGCCCUUCCUCCGACCACAAGGCCUCCUCUCGCACCGAGCAGUACCGCCCCAUCAUCCAGCCCCCCUACUCCUCCUCCUCCUCCGGUGGGGCGGGGAAGGCCUCCAAGAGUAGCUCUAGCAGCGGCUACUCCUCGGCCAACUCUGCCUCGUCCUCCCGGACCCCCCACACCCCCCCCUCAGCCUCCUCCACCUCUUCCACUUCCUCUUCCUCCUCGUCCGCAUCGGGGGCCCAUCCCUCCAACUCCAUCUCCAGCUCGACUUCGGCCCCCUCCAGACAGCAGCCUCCGCCUCAGCCGGCGCCCCCUCCCCCGGCCCCCCAGCAGCAGCAACAACCCCCCCCUGCCUCGUCCACAUCCGCCCCCCAGUCCCUCCCCAAGUCUUGCCUCUCUGGCUACGGGUCCCCAGUGGCUCCCGUCAAGACCCCCUCCGCAGCACUCACCGGCCAAACCCCCCCCCAGCAGCAAGCCCAGUCCUACUCCCCCAACCAGCCCCCCACGUCCCACCUCCCUCAGUCCUAUGGGGGCUUCAGCUCCCCUCAAGCCCAGGAUCUGAGCUCCGGGACUGGGGGGAAAGGCUACGGAGGUCUGGGGGGACGAAGCCAGUCGUACUCGUCUGACGUUUACGCCUCUGACUCCGCCUAUGGCUCCCUCCCGUCCUCGCUGGGCGGGGCGGGCAGCCCGUCGCUAGGAUACGGCGCCCCGGGCCACUCCCCCGCCCUUUUAAGGUCGGGGGGAUCGUCAGGGGGCGGGGCAUCCGGAGGCGGAAGUGGUAAUGCAGGAAGUGGGAACUCCAGUUCAGGAGGAGGAGGAGGAGGAGCCGGGGGUAGUAUGGCCAAUGAGAGAGGAGGAGGAAGUGGAGGAGGAUCGUACCACAUCCCAGACUCCAGCCCCUCUCCCUCUGGUAACUCUGGGACCAUCCGUCCAGGGUUGCACUCCCCGGCCCCCUCCUGCCCCACCCAGUCCCCAGGCGGUGGGGCCUCCAACAAAUACAUCUCCUCGGUCCUGUCCCCCCCCUUCAUGGCCUCCCCCCAGGGGUACCCCGACUCGAGGGCCCCCCGCUCCCAGUCUCAGUCCUACCACCCCUCCUCCUCCUCCAAGGCCAAGUCCGAGGCCAUGCUGGGGGUGGGCUCCCAGCGGUCCCAGGAGGAAGUGGACGAUGAAGACGACUUCCUGAUCCAGCACCUCCUCCAGGCCCAGGCGAGCCCCACCCCCCAGGCCCCGCCCUCCCACCACCACUCCCAGCAACCCCAGCAGUCGUCCCAGCAGCAGGGGGUGCCACAGGCCCAGUCCGUCCCCUCCGCCAGCGAUCCGGGCAAGGGGCUGUCGUACGAGAUGAGCAAGAGCUCCGAGGAGAGGUACCACCUGCAGAGCGUGAUCCGCACCCACAGCGCCACCUCUAGCGCCGGGGCCGGUACUGCAGGCUUGGACAACCAGUUGGAGAUGUCGCUGAAAAAGCAACACCAACAACAACAACAUCAACAACAACAGCAGCAUCAACAACAACAGCAGCAGCAACAACAGCAACAACAUCAACAGCAGCAGCAGCAACAACAACAGAGGAACGAUCGGAACAGCAGGAACAGUGGAGGGAGGGGCGGAUCUGAGCAGGGCCACCUCCAUCACCACGACAACCUGGGUUCUGUGGUGCACUACGGGCGGGGAGACAUGUACUCCCAGCAUGCACUGCAGCACGUGUCAUCGCACGGCCACCUGCGGUCCCACGGCCAGAUGGAGCUGCAGAAGAAGGAGCGUCCGGAGCUGGCCUACCCACGGAAGACCCCUGAGGCCGGGCAGCAGCAGCACUCCCAGGCCCAGGCUUCGGCCUCCAUGAUGGACUCUCCCACCGACCAGUCCCGCCAGCCCCCGCACCUGCUCCAGUCCGUGCUAUCUCACACCACCCGCAACAAGAUGGAGGGCCACCAACAGCAGCACCCUGUGAGCCAGCAAGGAAUGAUGGAGGGAGCCGGAGGGAGGAUGAGCAGCUCUGGCAAACACGGGGCCCAGCCUCAGAGCCAGGCGUCCCAGCCUCAGAGCCAGGCGUCCCAGCUGCAGCUGCAACUCCAGUCCCAGGCUCUGGAGGCCGCGGCGGCCCACUACAGCCACGGGCAGCAGGACCAGGUCCAGGCCAAGCAGGGCUCGGUGGCGUCGUCCCUGGACAUGCUGGAGCGCUCCCUGUCUCAGACCUCUAGCACUGACGGAGGAGUGGAGGAGAGGAGAGGGGGAGGAGGAGGAGGAGGAGGAGGGAGUGGAGGAAGAGGGAGAGGCGGUGGAGGUGGAGAGCGUCACAGACAGCAGGAGCAGAGACACCCCGCUCACCACCACCCCCAGCAACACUCCGCUUCGGAGCUCCACUCCUUCCUGUCUGAGCCCGACAUGGGCCUCGCCACGCCUUCGCACAUGCACCACCUCUCCCAGCACCACCCACAACAACAGCAACAACAACAACAACAGCACCCCAACUCCCACCACCAACAAUCCCACUCCCACCACUCGCACGGCCACCACAUGGGCCCCUCCUCCGCCUCCUCGCAUGCCCAGCAGCAGAACGAGCCCCACUCCUCCCAGCAGGGCCCCAUGGACCAGCAGCAGGGGGGGGACCAGCACCAGUACAGCCCCGGGGAGAAGAGCGUCCCCGGCCAGCAGAGUAACCGCUUCGUCCCCCUGACCUCCAUCUGCUUCCCAGACUCCCUCCUCCAGGAUGAGGACCGGUCUUUCUUUCCGGGGAUGGAGGACAUGUUCUGCUCCGACGACUACAAGUCCAGUUGUGCGGGGGGGGCCGGGCCGGGCCAGGAGGAGAUGAGCGAGGGCCAGGGAGGACAGGAGGGCCUGGAGGGGAUGAAAGGAGCACAGGGCGGAGGAGGAGGAGGAGGAGCAGGAGGAGGGUAUGACCUGAUGGGGCAUCACGGAGGUGAUCAAGGGUACGGGCAAUACUGCCAUGGCAUGUCUGAACCUGGGAACAACCCCAUGCACCUGGAUCUGGAUUCCCUGAAGAGCCACGAGCUGCCCUCCACCGUCAACACCGAGCAGCUGGGUCUGAUCCAGUCGCAGGGCCCCGGUAUGGGCAUGGGCGGGACUGGGCCCAACAGCACCGGAGGGAAGCUGUCGUCCGGCCCCGGAGGCGGUGGUGGUGCAGGGUCCGGGGGACUCACCUCUCCCAUCUUCUGCUCCUCCCGGCCCAAGAAGCUUCUCAAGUCUAGCUCCUUCCACCUGCUGAAGGAGCGGCGCGACCCCAACACCAUGCCCAAGAAGAGCUACGCUCAGGAGUACGAGUUUGAGGACGAUGAGGACAAGGCCGACCAGCCGGCCGACAUCCGCCUGAACAGCCGCCGCCUACCGGACUUGCUGCCCGACCUCGUGUCCAGCUGCAGGAAGCCGGGGGGAGGGGGGGCCCUCAGCCCGCUGAUGGGAGACUUAGACUUCUACCACUCGUCUGGUUACCAGUCUCUGGGCCCCCCACCCCUCCUGCCCCAGGACGGGCCCAGGAAGAGGGGCAGGAAGCCCACCAAGCCCAAGAGAGAGGGACCCCCGAGGCCCCGGGGCCGGCCUCGCAUUCGGCCCAUGCCGGAGCCUCACACGGCCCACCGGAUGAUGGGAGAGAUGGGGGGAGCAGCAGGGGCGGGAGGGUUUGGUGGUGUAGACGGGCGGAGGGGGAGGGGCAGGGGAGGCAGGGGGAGAGGGGGGAGGAGAGAAGAUAUGUUUAUGGAGAUGGGAGGGAAGGAGCAGGAGCCACUCCAUCACCUCAAUCAACAACAACAACAUCAACAACAACAACAACAUCAGCUCCACCAAGGCCAGCAGCAGCAUGAGCCUAUACCACCUCUGAAGAUCAAGCUCCCGGUUGGCACCCUGUCUGGGACCGACGCCCUUCUGAGGUCCGACUCCCUGUCCGGGACCGACCCUGCGCUGUCGGACGGCUCUGUGGGCUCGGCCCCCUCUUUGGGCCUCAGCCCCGGGGCCCCCUGCGGAGGGGAUGCCCCUGCCAGGAACCAGGACAAGAACAAGCAGAAGAACCAGAUGAUGAACGACGGAACGGACGGGGAGGCAAUGGAUGGAAGGGGGGAUGAGAAGGACUCAGAGAGCCGGGGUGCGUUCAUGGCCUCAUUCCUGGACUUCCUCAAGUCAGGCAAGAGACCUCCUGGACUGGAUAUGCCCCCCGGAAUGGAUCCUGGCAACGGCCAAUCCUCACCUUGCAAACCCGGAGGCCUCCGCCCCCUGUCUCCAGCCCCGCCUCCGCCCCCGCCGCCGUUUGGCGAUGGCGAGGGGAACGGGGGCCUGGCCCUGGGGGGCUGCCCCAGCCCCUGCAAGCGUCUGGACGACGAGCUGAAGAGGAACCUGGAGACCCUGCCCUCCUUCUCGUCAGACGAGGAGGACUCUGUGGGGAAGAACCAGGACCUCCAGAAGAGCAUCUCAUCCGCCAUCUCUGCCCUCUACGACACCCCUCAGAUCCCUUCCACCCUGCCGCCCCCUCCCCCGCCACCCCUGGCCCCCCAGCAGCUGACCCCCACCCUGCCCACCCCGCCCCCGGCCCCCCAGCAGCAAGAGCCACUGACCCCCACCCUGCAGCCCCCCACUCUCAGCCCCCAGCCCCCCUCACACACGCCCCACACCCAGCCCCCCUCUGCCGAGCCGGCCGUUCUGCAGAGAGAAGACAGGAGGCAGGAGGAGGAGGAGGAGGAGGAGGAGGAGGAGGAAGAGGAGAGGCAAAUGGCAGGCAGGGAGGAGGAUGAAGAUGAAGAUGAAGGGAAGGAGAUGGAGGAAGAGGAGCCGGACAUGGAAACGCUCGAAGCUCCCGAGCUGGAAGCGUCCCAACCAGAGCCCCCCUUGUCUCCCUCCUCCCCCACCCCGUCCUCCUCCCCCCCAGCACCCCCCUCCCCCGCCCCGUCUUCCUCCCCCUCCCACUCCCCCCUCCCCCCCCUCUCCCUCCCCUCGCCUCUCCCACCUCAAGAGGAACCACAACAGGAGCAGAGGUCUCCAGCCCCCAGCCCCCUCCUCCCCUCCAUCCCCUCUCCUCCACCUCCUGCCACCCUCCCACCCUCCUCCUCCACUCCUCCCCCUGCUCCCUCCCCCCCUCGUGCCCUCACUCCCCCGCCCCCGGCCCAGGAGUCCCCCCAGCCCUCCCCGGAGCCCCCCGCCUCCCCCGAGGAGGCCCCGCCCCCUCAGGUGACCUCCCUACACCUGGCCAAGAAGCAAGAGGAUGCUGCCAUCGUGGGUGAGAGUGAGGAGGACGAGAGCGAGAGUGGAGGGGAGGGCAUCUUCCGGGAGAGAGACGAGUUUGUCGUUCGCGUGGAAGACAUCCGGACUCUGAAGAUGGCGCUGCAGACCGGACGAGAGCCCCCCCCCAUCUGGAGGGUCCAGAAGGCUCUGCUGCAGAAGUUCAGCCCAGAGAUCAAGGACGGCCAGAGGCAGUUCUGUGCCACCAGCAACUAUCUGGGCUACUUCGGAGACGCUAAGCGCCGGUACCAGCGUCUCUACGUGAAGUUCCUGGAGAACGUCAACAAAAAGGACUAUGUGAGAGUGUGCUCACGAAGACCCUGGCAUCGCGUCGCUCCGACCCUGAGAAGACAAGCUCCCCCCAGGAUGGCGUCCCCCCCCAGCUCCCAGGCCCCGACCCGAGUGGAGGCGGAGGACAGCGUCCCGGCCAGGGAUCCGGUCCCCAGGGAGGCGGAGGACAGCGUCCCGGCCAGGGAUCCAGUCCCCAGGGAGGCCCGGGACAGGACCAGAGCCAGGGAGCAGAGGGAGAAGGCAGCGGCUGCCGUGAAAGCCAAGGAGAAGAAGAUUCAGCCAGACCCGGAGCCGAUGGAGGAGAGGGGGGCGGCGGAGCGAGGAAAGGCCAGGGAGGAGAGGGGGGCGGCGGAGCGAGGAAAGGCCAGGGAGGAGAGGAGGGUGGUGGAGAAGAAACCUGAAAGGCCCCCCAAGGCCAAGCCGGCUAAGGUGAAGGCAGAACCGCCGCCAAAGAAGAGGAAGAGGUGGCUGAAUGAGAGGCCGUCAUCGUCAGAGUCGGACUCGUCAGAGGAGGCAGCCAGCGAGGACGAAAUGCCUGUGUCUGGGGGUGUGAACAACCGGGCGAUGAGGGAGAUGUUCCGGAGCUACGUGGAGAUGCUGGUCAGCACCGCCCUGGACCCCGACAUGAUCCAGGCCCUGGAAGACACGGACGAUGAGCUGUACCUCCCCCCGAUGAGGAAGAUUGACAGCAUAAUCAGCGAACAGAAGAGGAGGCUGAUGAAAAGAGUCAACAUGAGCACUCAACACCAGGAGGCGCUGCAUGCGUACCCCCAGAUGGCAGCGGAUCCCCUGGACUCCAGCACAGUCAGGUUACGCCUCAGCGGAGACGCCUACAACCGCAAGACCCUCAACAGAGUCAAGAAGACCCUGCCCAAACUACAGGACCUUAAACUGUCAACCGCGUCAUGCAGACUGUACAGCCUGUACCACUCCCUGCAUCACUAUAAAUACCACACCUUCCUGCACUGCAAGAAGGAGACCCACAGCAUUGAGCAGGCAGCAGAGGAUCCUGGCCAGGAGGAGGUGGUUCAGCGCUGCAUGGCCAACCAGAGCUGGCUGGACACGCUGUUCAACUCCUUCAUGGAGCUGCUCUCUCUCAGCACCCAGCCCUGAUGCCCCCAGGGGAGGGGGAGGAGAGGGAGGGAGGGAGGGGGACGGAGGGCCCCAGGACCUCUCCCUGCUGUUGGAGGAAGAGGACUGGUGGAGGCCUUCUCUGUUAAGGGGUGUGACCCAUGACCUCUAGGGACCUUGGCUUCGUUCAGGGGCCACAAUAAUAGAAUCACAACGUCUUGAUUGGUGAGAUGACCUCACCGGACCUGGAGGUCGCCGCCAUUGGCUGGUCAAGAAGGAAACUGACCAAUCAUGAUAGGAGGUGAAAGGUCACAGAAGGAAGACGAGAGAUUGCACCAAGUCCCCCUAGCAGUUGCUGACAUCAUAUAACCGUUGUCCCGACGAUGGGGGAGGAAAAAAAACUGUUACUGUUUAGUUUUUACAUAAAUUAUUUUUUUGAAAAGACUUUUAGCGUUAGCGAGCGGCUUUUAAAGAGGACAAGGGGUGAGAAUGCUUUUUAAAACCGAAUGAAAAGUGAGCGUUGUGUGUACAAGGACUGGUCCCUGUGUUGGGGUAGCAUCAGAACUGGUCAUGAACUGGCUUGUUCUACACUAGGGGCAGCACCAGUGGACUGGGGUAAUAUAUGAACACAUUUUUAUUAUUUAUAUGAGGUUUUUAACAUAAACUCUCACAUGCGCUGGGAUGCUGCCCUAGCAUUUUAAAUAACAUUUUUCGCAGGUUAUAAAUACAAUCUCACAUCCACAUAUCGGAACUGUCUUCCUCUUCUGUAAAAACAAAAUUAUAAAAACAAGAAAAGAAAAGAGUCGAGCAUUUUGAGGAAAUAAUGUAACUAUGACUGUAAAAUGAGAAAUGGGAAAAGUAUAUUUGAAACUAAAACAUUGUAGUGCUUUAGUUCAUUCAUCAGAAACACGCAGGUGCAAAGAAAACAUAAAGGCAUAACAAUAUCCAGUUCCCCUUAAGUGGGAAAGGUUAUAAAUAAGUAAUAUUU